UGAGAGCAUUGACGUGGGCACUAGCCCUGUUAAGGAAGGCGGAAGGCAGCUUUGCUUGCUUGCUACUCUGUCCACUUGGAGCGUGGCUAAAACUGAAACUGUGAUCGGCACACACAUAGAACGCACACACAUACCGCAGUAAACCUAGGGCAACAGCAGCAGCAGCAUCAUCGUCUAAUUGUCAAACGACGUCUUGACUCGGCACGUCACAAAGCAGGGGUUGGGCCCCAUCAUGACGGCCAGCGGCGCUCUCCUCAAAUGGCUUCUGUUGGCCGCGUUGGUGAUGCAGCACGGCACGGCCGAGGUGUUCACGUCCAUCGGGCACAUGACCGACCUGCUGUACGUGGAGCAAGAGCUACUCAGUUCGCUCGAAAAGCACAUCGCCGAGCAAGAACUGCGGCUGCAGAGAGUGAAGCGGUGGAAGGAAAUGAAAGAUGCGGAAUCAUACGUCGCCACUUCGGACCCCGAGGGCUUCUUGGGCAAUCCCAUCAACGCCUACCACACCAUGCGCAUGGGGCAGCGCUGGGCGGCGCUCGAGAACUUCCUGCAGGAGUCAGCAGAAGGCUUCGUGUUGCGGCUGGCCGAGCGGAGGGCGCUCUUCCCGAGUGAGGAGGACCGUGUCGGGGCGGCGCGUGCGCUGCUGCGCCUGCAGGAGACCUACGCACUCGACGCCGUGCUGCUGGCCUCGGGGAAACUGCCCGGCGUCCCGAUUUUGUCGGCCUCCGCUCUCUCCGCCGACGACUGCUUCUCGCUGGGCCGCCUCGCCUACUCGGAGGGCCGCUACGCCCGCGCCGAGCCGUGGCUGAGCCACGCCCUGAGGCAGCUGGACGCCGGGGCCCGGGAGGGAGUGGGGGACGAGGGCACGGUGGUAGCUUCGGACGUCCUCGACUACCUGAGCUACUCCGUGUACCAGCUCGGCGACGUGCAGAGAGCGCUGAACCUCACGCGGAGGCUCGCCGCGCUCGACCCCGACCACCCAAGAGCGCAGUCCAACCUGCACUUCUUCGAGUACGAGAUGGCGCAGGCCGCGGCCGCGGACGAGGUGACGGCAGAUGACGAGACGGAAGGGGAAGUUGCCGACGACGACGACGACGAGGAGGAGAACGCGACGGUCCCUGACGGAGUGGAGGGCCACCCCAAGGGCGACGGCUACUUCUCGGAGAAGGAGGAGUACGAGCUGCUGUGCCGCAGCGCCAGCGGCCUCAUGACCCCGCGCCGGCAGAGACGCCUCUCGUGCCGCUACUGGGACGGGCGGCGCCACCCGCUGCUCGUCCUCGCGCCGCUCAUGGAGGAGGACGAGUGGGACCGACCCCGGAUCGUCCGUUACCACGACAUCGUCUCCGACGAGGAGAUCCGGCACGUGAAGGAGCUCGCCAAGCCCCGGCUCAGUCGAGCGACAGUCUUCCACCCAAUCACGGGGGAGCUGAGAACAACGAACAAUCGAAUCAGCAAAAGCGCUUGGUUGUCGGAAGACGAGAAUGAAACGAUUGCUCGGAUAAACCGGAGGAUAGGGGCGGCCACGGGGCUGAGCAUGGAAACUGCGGAGGAGCUGCAGGUGGCCAAUUAUGGAAUGGGAGGGCAGUACGAGCCGCACUACGACUUUGCACGGAGAAUCCAGGACGCUAGCUAUGAUGGGAAAGGAAACAGGGUGGCUACGUUCCUGAUCUAUAUGAGCGAAGUGGCAGCUGGCGGAGCGACCGUCUUUCCAGGAGUUGGGGCGACGGUUUUGCCCAAAAAGGGCUCGGCCGUGUUCUGGCACAACAUGCUCGCGAGCGGCGAGGGCGACUACGACACGCGGCACGCCGCCUGUCCUGUGCUCGUGGGCAGCAAGUGGGUCGCCAACAAGUGGCUGCACGAGAGGGGACAAGAAUUCCGGCGGCCGUGUGGAUUGACGGAGCUCGACUGAAAGCCGGCCGCUUGCGCGUCGCGCGCGCACUCACGUGGUGGAUUACAUCCUCGACACCGGACAACUCGGGACGGGAAGGGAACGAAACCGACCGAAACCAAAGAGCAAAGUUUCUCCUUGCACUUGCCACUUUUUUGAUUUCCACCCUCCCCCUCCGUCUCUCCUCCUUCCGUUUCUUGUUGUUUUCUGUCGCCGAUGUGCUACGGAUGCCCGUUGCGCUGUGGAGCUUCGCGGGGUUUUACGGAAACCCCUCCCCUGCCGACGGAGAAGCCACGAGACGCGUCGUGGGACCGGACUGCCGUGGAACUUUGUGCUCAGCCCUCAGGGUCUCGUUCUGUGAAACUCGUCUCUACCCGCCCGCGGAGAUGAGGGCCUCAUGUCACUUUGCCCUCCCGAUGCCACUUGUGUGUUUGCGAUCAAAUUGGAGCGCAUGCGUUGCCGCUAAAUGAAUGGUUGCGUUUCGUCUUUUGACACGUCUCGCGCGCCACACACAUCGCCAGAAGCUGUUCUCCGUCGCGUGGGCUGUGUUUGUGCCUGUUUUGAGAGUUUAAAAACAAUGUGUAACCGCUUUUGAAUGUGAAUAUUUACCGUUAAUAUAUUGCACCGCAAUUCCCGGCCCAUGUACAAGUUAUGGCUGUAUCUAAAUGUUAAUGCAGCUCAGAAGGGAAGGACAAUCCCUUUGGGGUUUAACCAUCGUGAGUUAAUGGGUAUUUUUUGUUAAUGGCAGGGUAAAUGCCUGUAGCGUUCUCAUUAAUAAUUAAUAUUUUAACGGUCAUUUGUAGCUCUUGCUUCUGCCGUCCAUUUUACAUGCUUCCUUUUGUUGAAAAAGGGGCUUUGAUGAUUCGGGCGCGCAAUCUUUAGCGACCGCAUUCAGUGUACCUACGGUAUUCGGCAGGAGCGUGUCUUUAAAGGGCACUGCUUUUGGCUUUUAAAGUUUAGAAUUGACAUGCAGGGAAGACUGCUAAAUUACGAUAUCAUGUCAGAACUGCAUGCCUGAUGGGCUGACUGCCAAAUGACAUUAAACCCCUGCAUUGUUACACGAUGGCGUGGUGUGGUACGUUAAUGUCUUUCACCUUGAAUACAUGGAUGGGAACAGUAUUGGCUGGGUAUGUGCUUAUACAAUGUUAAAACCUAACAUCGGUGAAAGUUAUGCCAUUUGCAGAGAAGUUCAACUGCCUCAUUGCGAACGCGAUGGCAUUUCUCAAUUUAUUUUUUAAAUAACAUUUUUAAGAAUAUUAUUUCUGCAUGCAGUUACGAUUAAUCAAUCGGAGUAAUUGUUUUUUUUUUAAUUCUGUUUCUGGAUCCUCUUCCAGGUAAUUGUGAAACCACUGAUGAUACCAUUAAACGAUGACUGGUG